AAUACUUUUAAGAUUUUUAUUUCAAUUAAAAAAUAUUCAGGUGAAACCUCUCACGAAAUCAAAAUGCCUUAUAAUAAUAAUGACGAGAUGGAUGGAGUACACUACUAAUAAUAAUAUACGUAUUAUGUACAGCAAGCUGGGUUCAGUCCACGUGGUAGGGAAUUGCAGGCAUUGAUAAGGUGGGUUCAUAUGCCGCCGGGACCUUAACUCAGAAAAAAGUAACCACUAAAUGAGCGCCAUCUCAGAUCAUUACCGCCAAAAAUUUGCCUAUCAAAACCGAACACCAUUUCCUCAGCCGGCCCUGAAACUGAAACUGGGAGUGCUACCCUGCUUGACCAUGAUAAGUUUUCGAUUGAAAUUGAUCAGAUUCUUGAGGGUUUAGGAAGAAAUUCCUUCCAGAAUUUGGGUUGACGUUAUGGUAGGAUUAGUACUAGUAGCUUCUUCUUGCUUCAAUAACAGCCAGUUGUUGUUAAUGGGCAAUCCGCCGUGGCUGUGGAGGCGCCGGAGAGUGCUGUCACCAGAGUGGCAAUGUGGGGUUUUGAGGGGCCAAACAAAGCUGAACCCAUCCAUGAAUUUGGUUGUGAAGGGGCAAAUGGUGAACCCAUCAACUUAUUCUUCCAGAAUCUCCACCGAUGUCCCUCUCUACGAAAUUCCCGGGGUAUAGUCUUCUAUUUGUAUACCUGAAUUGCGCAUUAUAUUUUACUGAUUGGAUAUUUGGAAUGCAACUUAUGAAUUAUGAGGUUUCAAUCAAUAUGCUGCAGGCUACUUUUGAUCAGUAUCUAGAAGAUAAACCCAGAGUUUUUAGAGCCAUAUUUCCUGAUAGAAGAAGAAGCCGGCAACUCAAUGAGGAAGAAUGGAGAAUCAAUAUGCUACCCAUAGAGUUCCUCUUCCUAACAGUCAACCCUGUGAUUGACAUGAGAGUCAGGUACAAGUCUCAAGGGAUCGACUAUCCACCUGGGGUUCCUAGGGAUAUUCCUGGGAUUGUUGAGCUUCAAAUUAUUAGAUGGGAGCUUCGGGGACUAGAUGAUGUGCUAAAGCCAUCUCAUUUUAGCCUCAGUGUAAAUGGAGUACUUUACCCUGAACGGAGGGGAGCUCGUAGCAGGCUCAAAGGCAAACUAGAAAUGAGCAUAAGUUUCAUCCUUCCAGCUGCACUCUCUCUUAUUCCUGAAGAAGUUCGCCGUGAAGUUGCAGAGUCGGUUCUGAGGAGAUUACUGGAUAACAUGAAGACCAAGGUCAACGGUAGCUUGCUCUCUGAUUACAGUGCAUUCAAGAGGGAAAAAUCCAUCAAGUUGGUAUAAGUUUGACCUGGUAAUUAACAUUAGCUGUGUACUACCGUAAUACUUCGAGAAUAGGACUGCGCAGAGGUGGCCUUAGUAUUGAAGGACAAUGUAUAGGAAGCAUCUAUCCUUCUCUAACUCCAAAAAAUGUUGUAUCCAAAACACUUAGUUGAGAGAAAUUAGGUGCCUGUGAGAAUGGUAAAUCAAAUUGUUUUGGAUCAAUGAGAACUGCAAUUGUGUAUACUUUCUGUGUUUCCCUAUUCUUGAAGUCCUAUGUUGCUUAGUAGAACUUGAUUCGGAUUAUCAAGAGGCAACAAAUUUUUCUCCUUUUUUGCUGCGAUUCGGCAUUGCACAACGGUGGAUUCAAAAGUUCUGUUAUUG